CUGUAACAAGAGCUUAUAAGCACAUGUGAACUUGGCACUGAGGUGAUGAGCCAAGUGGGAGACAGACUUUUGUAAGGGCUAGAGAAACCAGGAGACUGCCACCAUGUCAGGGAAGCCCAUUCUUCACUAUUUCAAUGGACGCGGCAGAAUGGAGUGCAUUCGGUGGCUCCUGGCUGCAGCUGGAGUGGAGUUUGAAGAGAAACUUAUAGAAAAACCAGAAGACUUGGAUAAGUUAAAAAAUGAUGGGAGUUUGUUGUUCCAGCAAGUGCCAAUGGUUGAAAUUGAUGGGAUGAAUCUGGUGCAGACCAGAGCCAUUCUCAACUACAUUGCCACCAAAUACAACCUCUACGGGAAAGACAUAAAGGAGAGAGCCCUGAUUGAUAUGUAUUCAGAGGGUGUGGCAGAUUUGGGUGAAAUGAUCAUGCUUUUGCCACUGUGCCCAGCUGCUGAAAAAGAUGCCAAGGUGACCCUCAUCCGAGAAAAGACAACAAACCGUUUUCUCCCUGCAUUUGAAAACGUGCUGAAGAGCCAUGGACAAGACUACCUGGUGGGCAACAAGCUGAGCAGGGCUGACAUCCACCUGGUUGAACUUCUCUACUAUGUGGAAGAGCUGGACCCCAGCCUUCUGGCCAACUUCCCUCUGCUGAAGGCCCUAAAAGCCAGAGUCAGCAAUCUCCCGGCCGUGAAGAAAUUUCUGCAGCCCGGCAGCCAGAGGAAGCCUCCCACGGAUGAGAAAAAAAUAGAAGAAGCCAGGAAGGUUUUCAAGUUUUAGUAAAGCCAGCCGGGCUGCCCCAGACAAGUCUUCUGAAAUUUUCUAACAAUAAAACAAUAAAGCUACUACAAUAAAGCUCCUACGAGAGAUUUACUUCCAA